CAUUCCGGUCAGAGAGAGAGAGAGAGAGAGAGAGAUAAAAGCACCCGACUCCCCAAUUCCAACUAGGAAGAAAGCCAAUAUUCGUGCUCCUCCACUCGUCCUCUGUCUCUCUCUCUCUCAAUCCACCUCGCCAGUUUCCAUUUCAUCAAAACAAUUCAAAUUCAUCCACGGGAAACAUCAUAAUCUCGCGUCGUUGUCGACCUGCAGUAAUAAUCACGAGAAAAAGCUGAUCGGAUUCAUAAAAACUCAAGAGCGAAAGAGGCUUCUCUGUCCAAACAUCCAGAUCUGCAUCACAUUGCUGAGCCCUCUGCCAUUUUCGCUAUGAUUUCGUAUUCAGUGUAUUGAAGGGACCCUCUGGCUUUAUGUGCAGUCUCAUUUUUCGGUUUCCGAGACGAUAGUAAGCAUCGUCGUUUGUUAGCGCCCAAUUGCCAAUUUACAGAGUUUCGGCAUUUCCUGGGGAUUCCGUAGAAAAUUAUUGCUUGAAGUGGAGCUUUAUGGGACUUCUUGUCAUUGAACUCAAUGGGAGAGUUUCGUAUUUGUGAGUUGGGGAUUCUUGCCUCUACAUGUAUCAAAGGCUAAAAAGGACAGAUUUUGAUCCGGUUUUGGCUCAAGAGCCUCCCCUUUUCUCCUUUUGAGGGUUACAAUUUGCUUUUACCCAGGAGAAAAGGGGUUUGAAAUGUAUGUACCUUUUUUUUUUUUUUCUGAUUCGUUGGGAAAGGAGCAUCAACAGCAUUUCAUCGGCUAUCUAGUCUUCUUCUGUAUCGUUGCUCCAUUGUAGUGGAUAAAAUUACCACUUAUUAAGAAUCUGGUUUAAUGAGUACUAUUAUGUUUGCGUCUCAUUUGGCGGAACACUAUAGUUUGAUCUGAGAAAGAGUAAGACGGAUUUAGAUUUUGGAUCGGAUGUCAUUUUUGGCCGAGAUAAGCUCAAAUUUAUAUUGCUCCAAUGAUGGAAGGAACAGGAAUUUUAUUCUGGGCUGUCUGAUUUUUGAAGCUCAGGAACUGAGGUGGCUUUCAGUUGUGCUAUUCUCCAAUGCAUGUCCAUUGGAGAAUUAUUUAUGACUUCAGAUAAGCCUUUGCUGUCAUCCUCUGAUCUUUUUUCUGCACCACCUUCCGAUCCACCUUCUAGAGUUAACUCUCUGGGAUGUCUCUGUCAUAAUGCAUCAUUCUCCUCUUCCACUUUUGAGGGUACGCAAGAUGACUUUUGUGAACUGAAGGAUAGCAACGGAGAGAACAUUGAUAAUUUUAUCUCUGUUGUUGAUACCGGACCAUGUGAGGAAAACCUCGAUCAUUCUACUUCUGCAAUAUCCAAGUUCCAUGUGGAUGAAUCUCAGCUCUUUGAGCAGAUCUCUUUGGAGUGUUCCCCUUCCAAGAGGAAAGGCCCAGUAUCUCGGGGUGGUACCAUGGAGCUUCAGCAAAAUUCUACAAUUCCGGAUAUGCCCAUGGCUCCGGUUAAGGUCCAAGAUAAAUUGGAUAACCCUCAGAGGAUUCGUCACAAAAGCAUGCAGUUUGAUAAUAAUCUGUCACAUGAGGAGAAUCCAAGGCUGAUUUUUGUUAAUGAUUCAAGGAAGACUAACAGUAAUGGUGAGUUCACUGGGAAUGCGAUCCAAACCAGCAAGUAUACUUUCAUUAAUUUCUUGCCGAAGAAUCUCUUCAUUCAAUUCCAUCGGCUUGCAUACUUAUACUUCUUAGCCAUUGCUGCUCUCAACCAGCUUCCACCUCUUGCUGUUUUUGGCAGAACAGUGUCUCUUUUUCCUCUUCUUUUUGUGCUGCUUGUGACGGCUAUUAAAGAUGGUUAUGAGGAUUGGCGAAGACACCGAUCUGAUAAGAAUGAGAAUAACCGGGAAGCUGAAGUUCUUCAAUCUGGCAAGUUUCAGUUGAAAAGGUGGAAAAAUAUACAGGCUGGUGAAGUUGUGAAGAUAUGUGCUGAUGAAACAAUUCCUUGUGACAUGGUUCUAUUGGCCACUAGUGAUCCCAGUGGACUUGCUUACAUUCAGACAAUGAAUUUAGAUGGCGAGUCAAACUUGAAAACAAGGUAUGCUAGGCAAGAAACAGCUUCAAUGGUAUUUGAAGGAGGUACUUUUUCCGGGCUUAUCAGAUGUGAGCAGCCUAAUAGAAAUAUAUAUGAAUUCACAGCCAACAUGGAGUUCAAAGGGCAGAAGUUUCCCCUCAGCCAGUCCAACAUCAUCUUGCGUGGUUGCCAGCUGAAGAACACCGAGUGGGUACUUGGUGUAGUGGUCUAUGCUGGUCAGGAAACAAAGGCAAUGCUAAACAGUGCAAUGUCCCCUUCCAAAAGAAGUAGGUUGGAAAGCUACAUGAAUAGGGAAACUCUGUGGUUGUCUAUUUUUCUUUUCAUCAUGUGCCUGGUCGUUUCCCUUGGAAUGGGUCUCUGGCUUCAACGCUACAAGGACAAUCUUGAUAUGCUGCCUUAUUACAGGAAAAAUUAUUUUGGAAGUGGAGGAUCUCUUGGCAAGCCUUACAGAUUUUAUGGGAUUCCAAUGGAGACUUUUUUCUCCUUCUUGAGCUCUAUUAUAGUGUUCCAGAUAAUGAUACCAAUUUCUCUUUAUAUAACUAUGGAGUUGGUUCGGUUGGGGCAAUCAUACUUCAUGAUUGGAGACAGGCAUAUGUAUGACAAUAACACUGGUUCUCGGUUUCAAUGCAGAUCCUUGAAUAUUAACGAGGAUCUGGGCCAAAUACGCUAUAUAUUUUCUGAUAAGACAGGCACACUUACUGAGAAUAGAAUGGAAUUCCGACAAGCAAGUGUGUACGGAAAGAGUUAUGGGAGGUCCAUGCUUAAUGCUGAGACAUUGCAAGAUAUGAACUUAGCAGUAGUGCCAACCGUAGGCCCUCUGCUUAGAAGGAGAUGGAGGCUUAAAUCUGAAAUUGCUGUUGAUCCUGAACUUUUAGCAUUGUUGCAUGGAAACUUAGCUGGGGAUGAAAGAAGCACCGCACAUGAGUUUUUUCUUACAUUAGCUGCAUGUAAUACUGUGAUCCCUGUUCUUACUGGAGAUCCAUCUUCAAGCUGCAUUGGGAGUGAAUUACAUGAAGCUGUUGAAGCUAUUGAUUAUCAGGGUGAAUCCCCAGAUGAGCAAGCACUAGUAGCUGCCGCCUCUGCUUAUGGAUAUACUCUUUUUGAGCGGACAUCAGGGCAUAUUGUGAUUGAUGUCAAUGGUGAAAAGCUAAGGCUGGAUGUUUUGGGUCUGCAUGAGUUUGAUAGUGUUCGCAAAAGAAUGUCUGUGGUUAUAAGAUUUCCUAAUAAUGAUGUGAAGGUGUUAGUGAAAGGUGCUGAUACUUCAAUGUUGAGCAUUCUAAAAAAAGAUCCUGGAGGGUACAAUCACAUAGGAGAUGUGACACGGAGUCAUUUGAAUGAAUAUUCGUCUGAAGGUCUACGAACACUUGUAAUUGCUGCCAAGGAUCUUACAGAUGCAGAACUUGAAGAGUGGCAAUGCAUGUAUGAAGAUGCAAGCACUUCAUUGACUGACAGAUCCGCAAAACUGCGUCAAACAGCUGCUGUUAUUGAAUGCAAUUUACAUCUACUUGGGGCUACUGCAAUUGAGGACAAGCUACAAGAUGGUGUACCAGAAACCAUCGAGUCCCUAAGGAAAGCAGGGAUCAAGGUCUGGGUUCUCACUGGAGAUAAGCAAGAGACGGCAAUUUCAAUUGGUCUUUCUUGCAAACUGUUGACCUCAGAUAUGCAACAGAUUAUAAUAAAUGGAACUUCAGAAGAGGAUUGCAGAAAUCUAUUAUCUUAUGCUAAGUCUAAAUAUGGUGUGAAAUCAUCAAACUGUGGGAGUUGGAAUUUGAAAUGGAAAAAGAAUGCUGAAGGUCAUCAUCUUCAGAUUUCUGAUGGUGCUAAGUUGUCUAAUGUGCCGCAAUGUCAUACAGAAAGUGAAGAAACAACUUCAAGUGCACCUCUAGCCCUUAUCAUUGAUGGCAAUAGUCUGGUGUACAUCUUGGAGAAAGAUCUGGAGUCUGAGUUGUUCGACCUUGCAACUGCUUGUAGGGUGGUGAUCUGCUGUCGUGUUGCACCCUUGCAGAAAGCUGGAAUUGUUGACCUAGUUAAAAGUCGUACUGAUGAUAUGACACUGGCUAUAGGUGAUGGGGCCAAUGACGUGUCAAUGAUCCAAAUGGCGGAUGUCGGUGUCGGUAUAUGUGGUCAGGAGGGGCGUCAAGCUGUGAUGGCAUCAGAUUUUGCUAUGGGGCAGUUUCAGUUUCUAAAAAGAUUACUUCUGGUACAUGGACAUUGGAAUUAUCAGCGUGUUGGUUAUCUGGUUCUUUACAACUUCUACCGCAAUGCCGUAUUUGUUGUGAUGCUCUUCUGGUAUAUACUGUAUACGGCUUUCUCAACAACUUCUGCAUUAACAGAUUGGAGUAGCGUCUUCUAUUCAGUCAUUUAUACUUCAGUGCCAACCAUUGUCGUUGGUAUUCUGGACAAGGACUUGAGUCAUAGGACACUCCUCCAGUAUCCAAAACUCUAUGGUGCAGGCCACAGACAGGAGAGCUACAAUAUGUCUCUCUUUUGGAUCACAAUGAUUGACACACUAUGGCAAAGUCUUGUUCUUUUUUAUGUACCACUAUUUACCUACAGCGAAAGCACUAUUGACAUAUGGAGCAUGGGAAGUUUGUGGACCAUUGCUGUUGUUGUCCUAGUUAAUGUGCACUUGGCUAUGGACAUUCAGCGGUGGUUGUUGCUUACUCAUUGUGCAGUUUGGGGAUCAAUAAUCAUUACGUAUGCCUGUGUGGUAACAUUGGAUUCUAUACCCAGCUUCCCCAAUUACGGGACAAUCUAUCACCUGGCAAAAUUGCCUUCAUAUUGGCUCUCGAUCUUGCUUAUAAUAGUAUUAGCACUGCUUCCUCGUUUUAUUUUCAAAGUCAUACAUCAAACUUUUUGGCCUUCAGAUAUCCAGAUAGCCAGAGAAGCUGAGAUACUGAGGAAACGACCUAGUUACUUUUGGUUGAAGGCAGAUCAAGAUUCAAGUUGACAUGCAUAUUGUUUUAUCUUGUUGACUGACUCCUCCCAAAAGUUAGCAGCCCAUAAUAGUUGAGGUAAACAAGGGAAAUUUUUCAUGCGAUGUAUAUUAUGUACUUGAGUUUUUCUUCUGAACCUGUGGAGUUUAGAACUUCCCCAAGAGCAGUUCUGAUGAGUGGCACAAGCUGAAGGUCACCAUGUGAAGCAAAAACUCAAGAAUUGACAUAAUGCCAAAUUGGACAUUAUGAUAACUAGGGGGUAGAGGAGGCUAAGACAAGGCCAAGAAGUGAGGAUCUGGCUAAUACUGAAAAUAAGACGAUCAACUCAAAAGGGAGAAAGUAGAGAGACAGAAGGAGGUUGUUGGUUUUUCUGGUUAUCAUGGAGGUUUGCUCUUUGAACAGGUGAAAAUGCUUGAUAGUCAGGAUUUCAUCCUCAUGUUAAUGUCAGGAAUGGCCAGUAGAAAAACUGUAAGUAUAUAACAAAAUCAUGUAAAGAUCAUGUGUAUCAUUUCUCUUUCACUAUACAAAAAUGAAAUAGGAAGUGUUGGACAGUCAAAAGAUUGAGGCGAUGGCAUAGUUUGAUGCCAUUAAAAACUGAGCUACCGUACGUGGCCAUAUUAACUACAUUAACACAAAACCAAGGCCCUUCCGUACUACCCUAAAGUGCUUCAGCCAGCCAUAUGCCCCAGAAUCAUAUGUGAUUGAAGGUGGAAGCUCUUGAGGGAGAAGGGAUGUGGAAUGCCUUGCUUUUUCUUUUAUGAUUCAUGAGGAGCCUCCUUAGCACACAAUUAUGGGAGAGUUUUAAGUCUUUUUUUGGAGUAUUUGUACUAAUUUGUCGCACUUGUAGAUUAUAUAGAUACAGGUUGGAUAACAGAUUAUGAUAAAGGGAAAAAACAGUAUCUUUCUUCUUACAUUCUCAAAAAAAGAAGAAGAAGAAAAGAAGUAAAAAGGUGCAUCGUGCCCAGUUACUGGGUCUAAGAUCAACCUGUGCGCGCGCGCAAAUCUACUAUUAUAGAUCCCCAAAUCAAUUAUUUGUUUUUGAGUGUAACAAAUGUUUGAAUGCCUCGUUAUAUUCUGUAAUUCAUGUGUAUGCUCGAGGAUGUGGAGGCUGUUUAUGAGCGGUACCAGUCGGGCGGUCCCAAAAUUGUCUGCGUCUGUGAGCUGCUUGCUUAUCUGGUGUUGGGCAGGCAAAGGAAUGUUAUAGCUAUACGUGACAGGGCCAGGGCCAGUCCUUUGAUAAUUAAACAGGGGCUUGUAUAUUUUUCAUUGAAGGAGCGAAGGGAAGGUGAUAUAUGGGAAUAUUCGAAUCUCGUGUUUUCAAUAUUAGUUGGUAGACCAGCCAACCGUAAUGUUCGUAUUUUCCAGUUCAGGCGCAUUCCUUGAUGCGGUUGGUUUAGCGCAGAGUGCUUUGAAAGAUUUAGAAUUGAAAAGAGUAACAAUGUGAAAAUGUUGCAGAAUGUUUGUUAUUAUAUUGGUGAUAUAUUCCUCCUCGAUAGGGUGUUGGGAUC